AUGAAAGCAGCGAAAUUAUCCUUGGAUGCUCCGCUCACAGGUAAUGCAGCCGUGAGGGCAGAACCGGGGAUCCGAUCCCUAAGAUCGGGAAGAGACGCAAGGACGCUGACAUGGCAGUAUCGCAUGUGGAAGGGGUUCAAAAUUGACGAAGGCGAUGCGCUGGAUACGGACGGUCCAAAGGGCUCAUGGAGAAGACAUGUUGCUUUUACCGAGAGAGAAGAACAGAACAUAAGAAACGUAACGAAGGAUAAGGAGGGAAUAGAAGUGUACAGAAUGUUGAAAAAAAGAAUAGGAUUCAAGGAGUACCUACAUGGACCCGUGGAUACAGGGACAAAGCUGAAGGUCGAAUUCAGGACCGGGGACAUUGACAUUCGAGAACGUAGACGAAGAUAUGGGAAGGCAGACGAUGAAGACGCCAAUUUCAAAUGUGAUUGCGGCUCCGAGUGCGAAGACCGUGUUCAUGUAGUCGCGGAAUGUCGGCUGUACAAGAAGCAGGGGGAAGGUCUGGGGCUGCCUAUCCGGCAGCUUGUCUUCGACCCCCUCGAAUCAUCGGACCCCCGGGUCUCCAGGGCCCUGGCCAAGCGCAGACAGGGCGACCUCGGGCCUGAGUCGACGACAUCCCAUUGCUGCACAAGCAGUGCUGACUUUGAGUUUUCCGGCGUGAACACGCUUGCUCUUUGGACCUACGAGAAGAUGUGUCUGUGUGUGGAAGCCAUGCCGAGCGUGUCCGCAGCCUUCGACGAGUUCUCCCGCAAGGCCUUGUGCCAAGAGUCCAUCUUCUUCCUCAAGGACGUCACAAAGUGA